AUGGAGCAUGCCAAUGCUUUUCAGCAGAGACCACACAGCCCCUAUUCCAACACUUACAACCCAGGUUGGAGAGAUCACCCCAAUUUCUCCUAUAAGAGCAACAAUGUCCAAAAUCCUCAACCUCCACCACAAUCUUCCUACCAACCACCACAUCAAAAUCCACCACAACAUGCUGCUAGACAACCAUAUUAUCAAGGGGCUCCUCAGAACCCUCCUCCUGGUUUCAAUAGGCCUUCACCCCAAGGCUAUCAGCAGCAAGCUCCUCAUAAUAACAGCUCUCAAGAGCCUACUAUUUCAGAAGAUGCUGUGGAUGACAAUGAAGGUGAGGAUAGCUCCAGAACUGAAGUUGAGCGCGGGAAAGUGGAUGACGCAGAGAAACGCAAGGAGAAGGUUACUGAUUCUCCUACUCCACCACUACCUUUCCCCCAUAGGAUGCAAAAAUCAAAGGUCGAUCAACAACUUGGUAAAUUUAUGUCUAUGGUCAAAAAUCUUGAGGUAACAGUUCCUUUCACUGAUUUAAUUUCUCAAGUACUUGUGUAUGCCAAGUUUCUGAAAGAUAUGAUAACUAAAAAGAAAGAUUUUGGUGGGAUAGAUAGGGUUGCUUUAACUGAAGAAUGCAGUGCUGUUCUGCAAAAUAAAAUUCCACCCAAAUUAAAAGAUCCUGGUAGUUUUUCCAUUCCUUGUCAUGUGGGUGCUCUGUUUAUAGAUAAGGCUUUGUGUGAUCUAGGUGCUAGUGUAUCUGUUAUGCCUUUAUCUGUCUGUAAUAAACUGAACUUGGGUGCUUUAAAGUGCACACAGAUUACUUUACAGAUGGCUGAUCGAUCUGUGAAGUAUCCUUUGGGUAUUUUAGAGGAUGUCCCUCUUAGAGUUGGAAAAUUUUAUAUUCCUGUGGACUUUGUAGUACUUGAUAUGGAAGAAGAUAGUCAAAUUUCCAUUAUUUUGGGUAGACCUUUUCUAUGUACUGCUGGUGCUGUUAUUGAUGUAAAAUCUGGCUCUCUGACUUUUAGUGUUGGUGAUGAUACUAUUACUUUUAAGUUAACCAAUGCUAUUAAGUCCCCUAUGCUUGAGCACACAUGUUGCAAGAUUGACAUACUCGAUGAGAUCUCUGGAGUUAGUUUUUCACAAUUUCUGUCUGAUGAAUUAUUGGAGACAAGUCUUGAUCUCACUGAUGAUUGCCGACUGAGGGCCGUGUUCCUUGUCUUCUCCUUGUUGCAAUGCGGACAUUGCCAAGUUCAGCUUGGGGGAGGAACUUCACUGCACAUAUGGUAUCUUCUAUCACUUCUUAGGUAG